GUUGAUACGUUUGGGUUGCAGGAAGGGUUUUUUCUUUUCCUUUUUUUUUUUUAAUACCCAGAAAAGGAAAAACAAGAACCUUCGGAUUUGAUUUUUCUCUCCUCGUUCUUGUUCUUGGUUCUUACUGUGUUUGUGUGUUUUAACGGCGAGAAGACGAGGGGAACAAAACCCGCCGGAGCCCUCCAUCACUGUGGGUGGUUUUAAUUUUUCGUUUUUCUCCGAAUUUUUUAAAAAGCAACCACUCUUCACAAUGAACAAACUGUAUAUCGGAAACCUCAGCGAGAAUGCCGUCCCUUCGGACCUGGAAAGUAUCUUCAAGGACGCCAAGAUCCCGGUGUCGGGACCCUUCCUGGUGAAGACGGGCUACGCGUUCGUGGACUGUCCGGACGAGAGCUGGGCCCUCAAGGCCAUCGAGGCGCUUUCAGGUAAAGUGGAACUGCACGGGAAAUUAAUGGAAGUCGAGCACUCUGUCCCAAAAAGACAAAGGAUCCGGAAACUUCAGAUACGGAAUAUCCCGCCUCACUUACAGUGGGAGGUGCUGGAUAGUUUACUAGUCCAGUAUGGAGUGGUGGAAAGCUGUGAGCAAGUGAACACUGACUCGGAAACUGCAGUCGUAAAUGUAACCUAUUCCAGUAAGGACCAAGCUAGACAAGCAUUAGACAAACUGAAUGGAUUCCAGUUGGAGAGCUUCACGUUGAAAGUGGCCUACAUCCCUGAUGAAACUGCUGCCCAGCAGAACCCCUUGCAGCAGCCCCGAGGUCGCCGUGGGUUUGGGCAGAGGGGCUCAUCGAGGCAGGGGUCUCCAGGAUCAGUCUCCAAGCAGAAACCGUGUGACUUGCCUCUACGCCUCCUGGUCCCCACCCAGUUUGUUGGAGCCAUAAUAGGAAAAGAAGGUGCCACCAUUCGGAACAUUACCAAACAGACUCAGUCUAAAAUUGAUGUCCAUCGUAAAGAGAAUGCGGGUGCUGCUGAGAAGUCAAUUACUAUCCUCUCUACCCCUGAAGGUACCUCUGCGGCUUGUAAGUCUAUUCUGGAGAUUAUGCAUAAGGAAGCUCAAGAUAUAAAAUUCACAGAAGAGAUUCCCUUGAAGAUAUUAGCCCAUAAUAACUUUGUAGGCCGUCUUAUUGGUAAGGAGGGAAGAAACCUUAAAAAAAUUGAGCAAGACACUGACACUAAAAUCACGAUAUCUCCAUUGCAGGAAUUGACGCUGUAUAAUCCAGAGCGCACCAUUACAGUCAAAGGCAACGUUGAAACAUGUGCCAAAGCUGAGGAAGAGAUAAUGAAGAAAAUCAGGGAGUCUUAUGAAAAUGAUAUUGCUUCUAUGAAUCUUCAAGCACAUUUAAUUCCUGGAUUAAAUCUGAAUGCCUUGGGUCUGUUCCCACCCACUUCAGGGAUGCCACCUCCCACCUCAGGGCCCCCUUCAGCUAUGACUCCUCCUUACCCACAGUUUGAGCAAUCAGAAACGGAGACUGUUCAUCUGUUUAUCCCAGCCCUAUCUGUUGGCGCCAUUAUCGGCAAGCAGGGGCAGCACAUCAAGCAGCUUUCUCGCUUUGCAGGAGCUUCUAUUAAGAUUGCUCCAGCUGAAGCACCAGAUGCUAAAGUGAGGAUGGUGAUUAUCACUGGGCCACCAGAGGCUCAGUUCAAGGCUCAGGGAAGAAUUUAUGGAAAAAUUAAAGAAGAAAACUUUGUUAGUCCUAAAGAAGAGGUGAAACUUGAAGCUCAUAUCAGAGUGCCGUCCUUUGCUGCUGGCAGAGUUAUUGGAAAAGGAGGCAAAACGGUGAAUGAGCUCCAGAAUUUGUCAAGUGCAGAAGUAGUUGUCCCUCGUGACCAGACACCUGAUGAGAAUGACCAAGUGGUUGUGAAAAUAACUGGUCACUUCUAUGCUUGCCAGGUUGCCCAGAGAAAAAUUCAGGAAAUUUUGACUCAGGUAAAACAGCACCAACAGCAGAAAGCUCUGCAAAGUGGACCACCUCAGUCAAGACGGAAGUAAAGGCUCAGGAAACAGCCCACCACAGAGGCAGAUGCCAAACCAAAGACAGAUUGCUUAACCAACAGACGGGCGCUGAACCCCUAAUAUCCAGAAUUACAUGCACAAGUUUUUACCUAGCCAGUUGUUUCUGAGGACCAGGCAACUUUUGAACUCCUGUCUCUGUGAGAAUGUAUACUUUAUGCUCUCUGAAAUGUAUGACACCCAGCUUUAAAAAAAAUAAGGGGGGGAGGGAGGGAAAGAGAGGAGCUCUGCACUUCCCUUUUGUUGUAUUCUCGGUGUAACAAAUAUUCUAAUUUUUCUUAAUAUACCCCCCUAAUGCCAGAAAUCGGCUUAAUGAUGCAGUCACUAAAUUCAUAAAAUAUAGAUUGCUCCCAAAUCCAAUUGUUAAAAUUGGAUCAGAAUAGAAUAAUUACAGGAACUUAAGCUAUUAGCAUAGAAAAACUGUUCUCAGUUUUAUUUUUAUCUAACACUAACAUGAAUAACCUAAGGGAAGUGCUGAAUGGUGUUGGCAGGGGUAUUAAACGUGCAUUUUUACUCAACUACCUCAGGUAUUCAGUAAUGCAAUGAAAGCAACUUGUUUUUGUUUUUGUUUUGAAAAAUUUUAUAUACAUUAUAAAGAUAAAAGUCCAACAGUUUUUUAAAAAACUUUAAUUAGCUAACAGGAAAAUAAGAGAAAAGUUUUACUUCUGGCUGGUGACCAUAAAGCUGGAAAAUUAAUUUCAGGUUUUUUGAGGCUUUUGACACCAUUAGUUGGAAAGUCCAAUAAAUGUUCAGUGAUAUGGAGCAGUGCCUAUAUUUGGAGAGCAGCAAUACCAUUUAAUUUUUCGUUUAUGGUAGGGAACUCUUUUGAUGGUACUAACAGAGCAAAGUGGUUGCAGGAGGUUUUGGAACGGCUAGUUUAAAUGAGUUUCAGGAGACUUCAGUUUUUUUGUUUGGCUACGUGAUUAAAUGCAUAAAAAUGCUUUGUGCUUUAGACUAUUACUACCUAAAGUGCAUGGAUGAAGAGAUGCAGCCCCUGUGGACUUUGGCAAAAAGCAAGCUUCAGCUUGUCCUACGGGAUGCUUAGUUUGCCAACACACUUCAGACCA